CUCGACGUGUCUUGGGCUCCUCUGGCGCCAAAAUGUCGCUCGUAGCGGGGGUUAUUCGGCGGCUGGACGAAACAGUGGUGAACCGCAUCGCGGCAGGGGAAGUCAUCCAGCGGCCGGCCAACGCCAUCAAGGAGAUGAUUGAGAACUGCUUAGAUGCAAAAGCCACCAGCAUCCAAGUGGUUGUUAAAGAGGGAGGCCUCAAGUUGAUUCAGAUCCAAGACAAUGGCACUGGGAUCCGGAAAGAAGAUCUGGAUAUUGUGUGUGAGAGGUUCACUACAAGUAAACUGCAGUCCUUUGAGGAUUUAGCUAGUAUUUCUACCUAUGGCUUUCGGGGUGAGGCUUUGGCCAGCAUCAGCCACGUGGCUCACGUUACUAUUACAACCAAAACAGCUGAUGCAAAGUGCGCAUACAGAGCAAGUUACUCAGAUGGAAAGCUGACAGCUCCUCCUAAACCAUGUGCAGGCAAUCAGGGGACCCAGAUUACGGUGGAAGAUCUCUUUUACAACAUAUCCACAAGGAGGAAAGCUUUAAAAAAUCCGAGUGAAGAGUAUGGGAAAAUUUUGGAAGUUGUUGGCAGGUAUUCAAUACACAAUUCAGGCAUUGGUUUCUCAGUUAAAAAACAAGGCGAGACAGUGGCUGACGUUAGAACACUGCCCAGUGCCACGACUGUAGACAAUAUUCGCUCCAUCUUUGGAAAUGCUGUUAGCCGAGAACUGAUAGAAGUCGGGUGUGAGGAUAAAACCCUAGCCUUCAAAAUGAAUGGCUUUAUAUCCAAUGCAAAUUACUCCGUGAAGAAGUGUAUCUUCUUACUCUUCAUCAACCAUCGUCUGGUAGAGUCAGCUUCCUUAAGAAAAGCCAUUGAAACCGUGUAUGCAGCCUAUUUGCCCAAAAACACACACCCGUUCCUGUACCUCAGUUUGGAGAUCAGCCCCCAGAACGUGGAUGUCAACGUGCACCCCACAAAGCACGAGGUUCACUUCCUACACGAGGACAGCAUCCUGGAGCGGGUGCAACAGCACAUUGAGAGCAAGCUCCUGGGCUCCAACUCGUCCAGGAUGUACUUCACCCAGACUUUACUCCCAGGUCGCGGCCCCUCUUGGGAGGUGGUUAAGUCCACAAUGGGUGUGCCCCCCUCAUCCGCUUCUGGAAGCAGCGACAAGGUCUGCCACCCGAUGGUCCGCACGGAUUCGCGGGAAACAGACGCUCGAUGCGUCAGGCAGCCUGUGGGCAAGGCUCUGUCCGGUCAGCCUCAGGCCGUGGUCCCAGGCAGAGGGCCUGAGGCUUCCAGCGGCAGGGCCAGGCAGCAGGAUGAGGAAAUGCUCGAACUCCCGGAGACUGCUGCAGUGGCUGCCACAACUCAGGGCUUGGAGGGUGCAACAGAGGGGACUUCGCAAGCGUCGGAGAAGAGAGGGCCCCCUUCCAGCCCAGGUAACCCCAGAAAGAGGCCCCGGGAAAGCUCUGAUGUGGAAAUGGUGGAAGAUGAUUCCCGGAAGGAAAUGACAGCAGCUUGUACUCCCCGGAGAAGGAUCAUCAGCCUCACCAGUGUCCUGAGCCUCCAGGAAGAAAUUAAUGAGCGGGGACAUGAGACUCUCCGAGAGAUGUUGCACAACCACUCCUUCGUGGGCUGCGUGAAUCCUCAGUGGGCCUUGGCACAGCAUCAGACCAAGCUAUACCUUCUCAACACCACCAAACUUAGUGAAGAACUGUUCUACCAGAUACUCAUUUAUGAUUUUGCCAAUUUUGGUGUUCUGAGGCUGUCGGAGCCAGCGCCGCUCUUUGACCUGGCCAUGCUCGCCUUAGACAGUCCCGAGAGUGGCUGGACAGAGGAGGAUGGCCCCAAAGAAGGACUUGCUGAGUACAUUGUUGAGUUUCUAAAGAAGAAGGCUGAGAUGCUUGCGGACUAUUUCUCCUUGGAGAUCGAUGAGGAAGGGAACCUGAUUGGAUUACCCCUGCUGAUCGACAACUACGUGCCCCCUUUGGAGGGCCUGCCUCUCUUCAUUCUUCGACUAGCCACCGAGGUGAACUGGGAUGAAGAAAAGGAAUGUUUUGAAAGCCUCAGCAAAGAGUGUGCUAUGUUUUACUCCAUUCGGAAGCAGUAUGUAUGUGAGGAGUCGACCCUCUCAGGCCAGCAGAGUGACGCGCCCGGCUCCUCAGCAAACCCCUGGAAGUGGACUGUGGAACACGUCGUCUAUAAAGCCUUCCGCUCACACCUUCUGCCUCCUAAACGUUUCACGGAAGAUGGAAAUAUCCUACAGCUUGCCAACCUGCCCGAUCUAUACAAAGUCUUCGAGAGAUGUUAAGCACCGUCACUCUUGGGACUCGGGGGUGUGCGGUUCCUGCACUGUGUCCUGAUGAGGGUAGGUCUAUGACUGAAGACUCCCAUCUGCCUUCUGACCCGCAGCAUUCUUUCACCCUUGGUGGACUGACCAGAAAUAAAUUGUCAGACACAUCCUAACAUGAUUCCUUUUUUUUUUUUUUUAACG